AUGACAAAGGCAUACGAUACCGCAAAACGGGAAACAGCUGAAAACCGGAUGUCAGAGGAUACCGGCACAGUUUAUUUUGAUGUUGUGAAUCGCUUAACAGGACAAACUGUAGAUAAAUCCUUGAUUUUCAACAUCAGGAUCAGCGAUGUGAACCAUCAUGCACCCCAGUUCCCUGAGAAGGAAUUUAACAUCAGUGUGAAGGAGAACCACGCUGCAGGUAUUCAACCUAUUUUUGAGAUGUUAACAGUGGAUUUGGAUCAAGAAAAUACUCCAAAUUCUCAUGUCCUUUACUUCCUUGUUUCCCAAACACCGUUACUGAGAGAAAGUGCCUUCUGGAUUGACCGUAUUAGUGGAGAAAUACGACCGUCAGGAUGCUUAGAUUAUGAGACUGCUCCUCGGCUUGCAUGACUCUUCAGAGCGGAGGAUUGUGGAGGACCACCGUUGUCAUCCACGGCCAUGGUUCACAUGCGUGUGCGAGGCGGCUACAACCACGUGCCACGUUCAGCCGCGACUGUAAACCGUGUUCGGAGCAUCUCCAUGGGUCCGCGGGUGCUUACUGGUUGGAGCUGCUGCGUGAUUUCCAUUCUGCAGAUAGCGGAUGGCCGAGCCAGCCAGGGCGUGUUAUGUCUUGAGGUCCAAGAUGGUGAUUCGCCAUUUACGUCAGCAUGGAGAGUGAAGUUCAAUAUAUUAAAUGGCAAUGAAGAGGGACAUUUUGACAUUUUGACUGAUCCUGAGACCAAUGAAGGGAUUUUAAAUGUAAUCAAGCCUUUGGACUGUGAGACUCAGCCAGUGCGGAGCCUGGUCGUGGCCGUGGAGAACAAGGAGCCGCUCUUCUCCUGCGAAGGGGGGCGGCUGCAGAGGCCCCAGGCUGCGGCUAGCACCACUGCGAGUGUGCGGGUGGCCAGCGUCAAGGACCCGGCCGCCUUCCUCCCUGGGACCUUCAUCAUCAGUGAAGGCAUAGGCGCUGGGCCUGGGACUCAGGUGGGAAUUUUUAAUGCUACUGAUCCGGACAGAACUGCCAGCCGGAUAAGAUACGAACUGGCUUAUGAUCCGGCAGAUUGGGUCAGUGUAGAUGAGCUCUCAGGGGCAGUGCUCACCAGGAAGCAAGUUGACCGCGAAUCCCCUCAUGUGAAUGAAAGCUUUUACAUGAUCAUCGCUCAUACUUGUUGAUGAUGGUGUCCCGCCACAGACGGGGAUGGGCCCAUGCUGCUCUUCCUGUCAGACACCAACGACGACACGCCCACCCUCCACCCAUGGUCUCGAUACCUGGACGUGGAGUCUGCAGGAGGCAGGCCCCGCCCCAUCGAGGUGGAGGACUGGGCCCAGGAGCCCUACUCCCACCCGUUCACCUUCAGAUUGGACAAUACGUGGGCAAACACAGAAGACACGUGGAGACUGGCAGAAAAUCAUGGUGAGUCGCUCAGUGGAACUUAUGCUGAGAAGCCUCCGCGUGGUGACUACUUGGUGCCACUUUUCAUCGGAGACAAACAGGGGCUUUCCCGGAAGCAGACUGUCCAUGUGAAGGUCUGUUCCUGUCCCGGUGGGUUCACAUGUGCAGACCCUCCGUCGGGAGCCGGGCUCCUCCAGGGGGUCCUGGCCUCUCUCUGUGCAGCGUUCAUAGCUCUGGCAGCCGCUCUGCUUUUCCUGCUGAGAUGCUAUUUUGUGUCUGGCCAGAGGCAGGGCUGCUCUAUCCCACGUGAGGAAGGCAUCCAGACCCUGAUCAUGUGGAACGAUGGGAGUGGAGCUGCCCCGUCCAGCAUCUCCAGCAGAGGUGGAGCAGAGAGCCCACUGGCCCUGCAGGGACAACCCUGGGCCUUUGUCGCGGUGGGCGAGUCAUUUCUGCACAUCCUCAGCUGUGAGCGAGGGAGGAUGAAACCAGCCUCACAAGAAAGGUCAUUCGUCAGGGAUCAGAUGUCAGCCCUGUCCAUCAACACGGCCGAGGCAGGUGCCAAGCUGGGAGCUAAGGAUUUAGGCAAAAUGCUGCCAUCUUCGCCAAGUGCAUCAGACCAAGUCCACUUCGUGCUGGGGACUCUGGUUUACCUGGAUACUGUGGUGCCCAGAGGACCCCUGGAAGUGAGGGUACGAGUGAUGGCAGGGAUGCUGAGUCAGCAGCUCAGUGGUGCUGACAUCCCCAAGGGAGACCCUGAUUACCCACCUCACGUCUACGCAGAGCAGGGCAAGUGUGAGCGAGUAGAGACCCGCAGUUCUCUCGCCUUCUCCGAACAAGACCUGUUGCCCGACUUGCUGGACUUUUUGGGGCCAAAGGCUGCUCCACUCAAAGAAAUAUAUUCUGAGUCAGGUUUUCGUUUCUUAAAAACUGCAUAUUAUGGUGAAUUGGAAUAA